GCGGAGGGUGGGCCAGUGCCGUGACUCAGAGGCACGCAGGACACCCGAUGUGGUAGCGGGAUGAGCAGCGUGGAUCCCGCGCCCAGACCCGGAAGUUGAGAGUUGUCACAUCCGGCAGGAGGGGGCGGGCCUCCGGACCCGGAAGUGUGGGCGUAGGCUGUGGUUUCACCCGCAGCUGUGGCGGCGCGGCUGCGGCCCCGGCAGGGAGCGAUGGAGACGCUGAAAGACAAGACCCUGCAGGAGCUGGAGGAGAUGCAGAACGACCCAGAGGCCAUCGACCGGCUGGCCCAGGAGGCCCCGGAGGUCCAGGACCUGCAGCUGGAGCGGGAGAUGGCGCUGGCCACCAACCGCAGCCUGGCCGAGCGGAACCUGGAGUUCCAAGGGCCCCUGGAGAUCAGCCGCUCCAACCUCUCGGACAAGUACCAGGAGCUGCGGAAGCUCGUGGAGCGGUGCCAGGAGCAGAAGGCCAAGCUGGAGAAAUUCUCGGGGGCGCUGCAGCCGGGGGCCUUGUUAGACCUGCUGCAGAUCGAAGGCAUGAAGAUAGAAGAGGAGUCUGAGGCCAUGGCUGAGAAGUUCCUGGAGGGCGAGGUGCCCUUGGAGACGUUCCUGGAGGACUUCGCGGCCAUGCGGAGGCUGUCGCACCUGCGCCGGGUCCGCGUGGAGAAGCUCCAGGACGUGGUGAGGAAGCCCAGAGCUUCCCAGGAGCCCGCGGGCGCCGGCACCCCUCCUCUCCGCCCGCCUCCCCCAUCUCGCCCGGCCCCCCAGGCAACCCCCCCUGCGGCCGAGGAGCAGCCACCCCCGGCCCCGCAGGCGGCAGGGCUGCCCCCCUACCCGCUGCCCUACAGCCCGUCUCCCGGCUUGCCCAUGGGCCCCACCGCCCAGGGCGCGCUGCCGCCGGCGCCCUUCCCCGUCAUGUCCCAGCCCUCCUUCUCCUACAGCGGGCCCCUGGGCCCCCCUUUCCCGUCAGCCCAGCCGGGGCCCCGGGCUGCGGGGGGCUACUCUUGGUCCCCGCAGCGGAGCACACCGCCCCGGCCUGGCUAUCCCGCGCCCGCCCCUGGUGCCUCUGGGCCCGGGUACCCCUUGGCGGGCGGCCGGGCUCGCAGUCCUGGCUAUCCUCAACAGCCCUCCUACCCCUCGGCGGGAGGGAAACCCCCUUACCCCACGCAGCCCCAGUUCCCCGCCUUCCCAGGCCAGCCCCAGCCCACAGGCCCCCCUCAGCCUCCCUACCCCCAAGGGCCGGCCCCUCCCUACGGGUUCCCGCCACCUCAGGGUCCUGCCUGGCCUAGGUAUUAGGACCCUGGCCUCAGCCCUCCCCUCUCCGCCUGAGCCACACUUUGGCCCCCCCAUGCUGAGAUUUGAGGUUAGACUGGAAGUGGGGUUGGCUCCCCCCUGGACUUGGGGCCUGGCUGGGGGCCUGCAGACCCUGGAAGGACACCGAGCGGUCAGAGCGCUGCCUGGCUUCGCCUGUCCGGUGCUGCCAGCUUGGGGUCCAGCGCCCCCCCGUGGCGUCUGCAGGAGCCGCUGUGCAGCGCGACUGUGUCCUGUGCCUGCCUCCACUCUCCAAACGGUGCGGACGGCUCUGGGGCAGCUGGUCUGGGCCCCUGCUCACCCCGCCUCUGGUUUGGCGUCUUCCAUGUGGUGCCCACCCCCCGGGGUGUAGCUCUUUGUGUCUCUCGUCCAUUCGAGAAUGGCCCGCCCCACACACCAUCGUCAGAGUUGGGUUCCAGGGAGAACAGUUAGGAAAAACCCUUUUGAUUUUUAAGUCAAAAAGCCAUAAUUGGUGGGCUAGUGUCGGAGAAAACGCGUGCUGUGUGCUGAGUGACAGCAGCCGAGCCAGCGCAGCGGGAAGACGGACGGUGAAGGGGGCCCAGACCUCGCCUGCGCUGGCCGGGAAGUCCUGGGGGUGCCGUGGGCCCUCUGGCUGGACGGGAGGGAGCAGCUCUGGCCCAGGAGCUCAUGGCCUCCCUGCCACCCGCUCUCCCGGUUGACCUUUCCCAAGGCCCACCCAGCUGUCCACUCGUCAGUGCCUUGAAUCUCGUUGGAAGCAGCCCCGUCCUCACCCCUCCCUCUGGCUCCCUGGAUGGAAUGCCCCCCCCACACACACUCCCCUCCCUGACAGUGCCCCCAGGGGUGCGAGGACACCGGUGCCAUGUGGGAGUCUGCAUGUCUCGUCCUCAGAAUGUAGAGCCACACGCAGCCCCCGGCUGGCCCAGCACAUGGGGCAGCGCGCUCAGUCAUGACCACAGACCGCGGGGGUGCGCACAGCGCGGGCGUGGUGGGCCUGAGGCAGACCCGGAGCUGCUGUGUGGGGGUCCUAUGUGCCUUGAAAUGUCCACUGCCCGCACCGGUGGCCGGGGCCUCGGGGAAACGCGCCCUCCUGGUGCCUGCGCUCCAGCCCGCGGGCAGCAGGGGGCGUGGCAGAGCCCGCUCUCCCCGUGGCCUCCCAGGCUCUUGCUGCUGUUAUUUAUGAAGAGGAAUCACUAAUGGACUCCGCGGGUCUCGCGUGGACCUGGACAACGGCGACGUGUGUGUUGUCUGAACAAUUGCCAAUAAACUGAGCUCUGUGU